CUCUCUCGUCGAUACAACAACCACGCCCAUGAACAUCGGAGACGUUGUUGCUGUGCUACUGCUGCUCCCUUUCACCUGGCUGCUUGUCAGCGGUACGUGAACUACUUUUGGGGGAGGGAAAGAGCUCCGUCGCUACUACUACUGCUGUUGUACAACGCCGCAUCUGUUCGCGUACGGCCGGUGGCACUUGUGCUUCCCUUGGCCGUGACGGGGUGUUUCCCCCUCGGUUCGACGCAAGAAGACGGCGGCAUUCACGGGCAGCCACUCCUCUUCUUUGCAUGUAUGUAUGUACUCUGCUGACUCAAGCCAAGAACGAACCGCCGAUACGACGCCCUUCCCGUGUUGGCACCCAUUCUUCCACCGGCCCGCCAGCAACUAUUAUUCCCGGUGGUCCUGAUCCUGUGUUGAAACACCCGUUACACACAAAUUAACCCCGGGGGGGCAAAACAUCAAGCGUUUGUUUGCCUCUCGGCUCUCUGCGUGGUCUACAAUUUGCACGGGAAACAGCCAAAUCGAGCAGAGAAAUCAUCAUUCAUGCUGCCGUUUGUAGCUAUCGCCGUCGUCUUCGGGGUGUCGAUGCUGGGGCCUUUCCUCAUGGGCAGCCAGGGGGACUGCAGCAGCAAUAAUUCCAGCAGCAGCGAGGAGCGAACCGUCUCCAGGUGCGAGGUGGAGGAAGUCGCGCGGGCAAUGCGCAAGAGAAAAAUGCCUGUGGAGCUCAAGGUGGAGGCGGAGGGGAAGCUGUACUCUAUCCCCGAUGGCGUCAAGAUGGUCCGUCCCGGUUUCGAGGGGAAGAAGGGCAAAUGGUGGAAGAGGAUUUCCCGCAAGACGAAGGACUCGUCCGAUGACGAUGGAGGUUCUAAUGAUAUGCCGAAGCCCCCAGCUUGUCUCGAAGAGGUGAUGGCCACGGGAGCUGCCGACGGCAAUGACGUUGCCCCCGGCAGGCGGAGUGGCGACGGUGACAUUGGUGGUGAGGGGCCGGCGGCAGGAGAAGACUUACGCUCUGCCGUGGAGCGCGCUUGCCAGAUCUGCUUCGGCCAAAACUAUUCCACCGUGAUGCUGCCUUGCGGGCACGGUGGCUUGUGCUGGGAAUGCGGGCUGCACAUCUACGCGCUAAAGGAGGAGUGCCCCAUGUGCCGAACUAAGAUUGAGCUGCUCGUCCCACUGGAUAACGAGAACAAGCGAUUCGAAGGCGGGCGUGAGUUCGUGCCGUCCUCAACUGCCUUCGGCAAGGACGGGAAAACGCUGUAGAGGUAGGUGCCGGCGUAGUCACGGACCCAACUUGAGCGACACCGCCAGCCCCUCUCUUGUCCCAGGAGAGUUCGAGAGGUGGUGGAACCUGUUGUGCCGGAGUGCUGGUGUCAUGCAGCAAAGAACACGCCGGCCUUUGGGAAGGAAAGGAUCGAUCUAGAAUGCCUUGUUGGCGAUCGAUUCAGACGUGAUGCUGGCGUGCUAUUUGCCGCAAGUCCGUGUCGUCGUGAAAGUCUUCCCGACUUCUUCGCACGGUCCCCCUACCUUCCCCCGCCCCCCAUCCCCGGGUGUAUGCUCCACCUCACAAGGGGAGUGGGCAUGGGGCGUGCGGUAGCGUUGCGUGGUUCUUUUUUCCGUUCUCUCACGCCUUGUAUCGGAUGUUUCAAUUGUUGCGGCUAAAGCAUUCUGAAAGGGGUCGAUCAUGUGGUGGUGUUGGGCGAGGUUCGCUUUGGUGUGGUGCGCUUCCGGAUUUGAUACUAGUAUUCGGCCAAAAUUGCGGCCACAGGCUACGCUGUCGAGAUAUCAACGUUUUGAAGAAAAGUUCAAUGUCUCUACAGUAGACCCAACGUAUGUAUAUGUUCCGAAUAUUUGCGUUCAAACCCUGAUACCCGAAGGCAUUGCGGCAAAACCAAGAUUUGACAACCAAACUAUAAAGAACGUCCGUUGUUGUACUACUGUCGGGUAUGCUUAUAUAUGUUUGGGCGAAAAUUUGGUUGUGUGGUCCGACGAAUGGGGGGCGGCGGCGGCAUAUACUUGUUCGUAUGAGGGCCUUCGUUCAAAAAUACUUCGAAGGCCGAUGGCUGGGGAAACGGGGCGGGUGACGGAAUGAUUUCGCUUGCCAAGAACAACUUCUGGGUUGGUUUGCCGGGCUGGGCAUGUUUUCAGGUCUCAUGUAUGUGGAGCCUGAAUAGAUGAGACGAAUACACACAGUCAACAUGGCCAUACCUGUCCAUGAUCUUUCCGUCACGGUUGUCUCGCCGCAAUCGAUAUUGUUGUGUUAUUCAAUUUUCGUAGAAUCGCGGUUGUCUCCUUGCAAUUGAUUUUAUUGUUGUAUUAUUUCAUUGUCCUACAAUGUUUUUGUACAAAGAGACAGCUUGUCCUAGGUCUUCCUAUUCGUCGAGGUAUCAAUCUACAACCGUGCGAAACGUUUUCAAGUGUUUUGGACGGUUGGUGGAUGCAUGGAUGGGUGAAAAUCAACGGGAAAAUCUGCAGCCUUUUUUCCAGUGUUACACAUACGAAAGCAGCUACGAACACCACGUAGGCCGUAUCCUCAUUUCUUGUGUCCUAUCGGCUACGUAGUGUGUAUCUCACGUGCCACCAUAUUGCUUGCAGUUUGGUGAUUGGUUAGGACUUGUUUGUGCCUUCGGUUUCUUCUCUUGCUGGACAUCGAAAAUGAUGACGCCCAAUAUAAUAUCAGGAUGUCGUGAGGAUAAGCUCUAUGUAGUUGUGGUCCGUGGUGUCGGGCGUCGAGACAAAUUGUUUUGGGUGCACGUUUGCUUCCACACUGCAAGCCUUGUCGGUGUCAGGCAGCGUUGGUUUUUACAAGCAAGGUGUAUCCCGGGAAUACCCGUGCGCCUCUUGCUCUUCACCGUGCUAUACUCCCCUCACUUUUCUCCCUCUCGCAUCGACCCCUCCUUGACCCCUUCGC